AUGUCAGCAUCCAUUUCCAAGCACAGUGUCGUCAACAACCUUGAUGAUAUAAAGGCAAUAUUAGUGCCAGAAGAUAAAACCAAACAAGAGGCCCUGCGUGAUGAUGAUUGGGAUAAUCGUUGGAACUGGGACACCUCCGACGUGCUUAGUGACCCUGAUGAUGAUCCGGCAAAGAGGAACUUGUGGCUGGCUGAGUGCAAGAUUUCCUUGAGUCCACUAACCGAUAUGCUGGUUAUUGCUCGCCAAAAAGUGCUGACAAUAUUCAACUUUAAGCGAAGUACCAAAGAAACCUCUUCCACUAUUCACGAUGAGACAGUUCAUGAGUUCAAUUUGGUGUACAGCGCAUCGUUGCCAGGCCUUGAACCUAACGAGACUUUGACUUCCGUUGCACUGUUGCCUUUUGUUGCGCAGCAAAAGAAUGUGCUUAUCAACUUUCGUGACUGGACGGCCAUUUUAGUCGGCUUCUCAACUGGCUUCUUUCGCAUCUACGCAGAAAACGGCAAAGUACUUCUUUCGCAUAUAUUCCACGAUGAACCCAUUCUCGACAUCAAGUGUCGCACUCAUUCAGCAAACAAUCUACUAUCUGAACAGCUGGAUGAGAUUCUCAUCAUUUACCCGUCUGCUGUGAUCCAAAUUGAUGGCUUCACCUUAUAUCAAACCCUUCGGAUGUGUCGCCAAAACUUGGCCAAAUCACAACAUGUUGAUUCAUCGGGCCAAGGGUACUUUUCAUCAUUUGCCAGCGGUGCAGAUCAGAGCAACAGUCAAGCUCCUUUUAUCUUCAAGAAGUGGGCCUUCAGUUCGGGCACCUCUGAUCAGCAAACUCACGAUUGUGUGAAUGUUUGUUCCUAUGUGAAGAACGACUUUGAUGCACUGGUGUCUCGAUCCAUCGCCAGCUCCCCUAACUCCAAACUGACCAAUGACACUGCCAAUUUAUUUCUCAGCACUGGCAUUCACCCAUUUGUCGGGUUCUACCGAGCUCAAGAGGGCACAACUCACACUAUCAUUGAAGAGCUUUCUCACGUGCUGUUUAAACAAGUGAAAAAUGUGCUAUCCAUCUUUAGCUCACAAUCAAAACCUAAAGAGGCUGAUCCUCGCGAGAACAUAAAGCCUGCCACCAGCGUUGACUGCAGUUUGGGCCUUUUUGACGAGCGACUCGGUUUUAAAAUUUGCCUUUCACCAAACCGUCGUCUCGCUGCAGUUGUCGACGAUUAUGGUCGGGUCAUUCUGUUUGACGUUGCUAAUGCCAUUGCAGUUCGCAUCUGGAAGGGCUACCGCAAAGCCGAGGUGGGCUGGAUUGUCGUGGAAGAGGGCAACAGCUCUAAUCCAAAAGAAUAUUCCAAACAAGCUCUCUUUCUGGCAAUCUAUGCACCCAAACGUGGUAUUCUCGAGAUUUGGUGCUCUCAAAACGGCCCACGAGUGACGGCCUUCAAGGUGGGAAAGAACUGCAAGCUACUCUACAUGGACCAUGUCAUGUUUGGACUGAAUCAUCUCAUUUUGCAAAACAUCAAACACACAAUGGAGCCUGGUGAGUUUACCAAGGCAUUCCUUUACUCCAAGUGCUGCUUGUUCAACUACGAAACUGGCGAGCUGCUCAACAUUAAUGUGCCCUUUCUCUGUGCACUCACUGACAGAAAUAGCAAAAAGACGCGCGAUAUUCACAUUUUAAAAGACCUCAAAGUGCUUCUCAAGAAGCAGGACAUUACGUUGCCGGAAGAGAAGCGUCAAAAGUACUAUCAACAGGUGGUCACUCUUGUGUUGAUGCUGAAGACGGCCGAAAUUAGGCGUGAAUGUCUGGAAGAGCUGAUUCGCUUUGCAAAUGACGAACAGCUCAUAUUUCUGGCAGCACAGCGAAUGCACCAAGACCUGCUGCAGUUUAUUGACAAGAAUGAGCUUGACUUUGAGAACAAACUGGUGGCGCAGAUGUGCUCUCGAGUCAUGCAGAUUUGCCAGUGCUACAUCAAAAUUAAAAAGGAGCUUCCAGCAACCUUACAGCGAGUGGAAAAGCUGGCCGUAGAAAGUUUAGAUCCCCCUGACAUCCAGGAGCUGAUUGAAAACUUGGGCGGCUGGUCGGGAAAUGACGUGGCUCGGAUUCUCUCGCUCCUCGCCUUUCGUCAAUCGGUGCUCAAGUUUUCUAGUAAAGCUGCUAAAACUGACUUAGAUUUCACCAUCUCUGACAUGUUGUCGCACUUUACCCUGUACUACACUCACCUGGUCAAGAAGAACAACGCCGAAAUUUACGAGAAGCUUCCCAUUGAAAUCAUUCUGAUGGACGGAAGCGGAAGUGUAGAGAAGCCUAACGGCGACACCAGAUACGUUUCACUUGAUCGACUGUCGCAGUACCUCUUUAAUGGCAUUUUCGCCGGCAACAGCUCUCAGCUGGGCUAUCUGUUAGGUGAGGCCUGUAUCUACCCAUCCAACUUGUUGCUGCUUCUCUUCACCUCGUGGUUGCAUUCCUCUUACUCCAUUCACUGGCGAUGCUGGGAGAACCUGUCGCAAGCACUUUUCAAAAUUGUCGACAUUAUGAACAAUAUCCGGCAGAGUGAGGAGAACUCAGAGGAGAACUUGCUUUUUGAUCCAACGGGCAUGGACGACCGUUUGCUUGCUCCUAGCUGGACGGACAUUAUUGAAUUGAUCUACAAGUCGACGAACAUCACCUCGGCGCUGAUAGCCGUCAACAUGAUCAAGUCGCUGAUUAACAAGUUUAAGCUCAAUGCACGUGACAUCUCCGAGCUGAACUCGGUCACUCAGGUUGACGGCGAGGAGGAGCCGCCCAUUACCACUAGCCCUAGCGCAGCUGACAUUCAGUCAAUGCACAGCAUCAUUUCCUCCGAUAACGAAUGGGAGACGCUGCACAUGGACAAGGAGAACCUCAGCCUGCUGACGAAGCAGCUGGAAGAUCUCUUUCUACUGGACAUGCUGCUCAAGUCGAACUUGUGUUCUCUCGAGGAGGAGGAGCAACCGGAGCAACCAAAAGUGGGCGCCAAUGGCUCGCCUGUUCGCUUCAACUCCAUAUCGCUCUCCUUCAUUCUCUCCAGUGGCCCGGGAAUUGUGUCGGAAAUUGUCGCUCGAUGGGCAAUUCGCCACAAAGUGCCUCCAGAGCUGUUGAUCUGCUCGCCCAGUGCCGACGCCAGCACUCUCGACGGUCAGGAUGACUCGGAGGUUACAGUCGCCGAUGAGUCGGCGACACUCAAGAGAACCGUUGAAAGAAGCACUACAGCGGUGACUGAUAUGGCAGAUCUGUCAGCUCGCUCAACGCUGAUGGAAAUACUGGACCAC